AAGUUUGGGCCAUAAUGCACUGAUUCCUAAUUCCUGUAGAGGAGCCAAUAGUCCAAAAAUAAAACGGAAAGCAAAUACAGUGAAGAUACACACACACUAUCGGAAGAGAAAAACAGAGCAGAGAACCCUACUCCUACCAAAAAAGCCGUUAGCUACUCCUCCUUUACCUGCUCGUCAUUAUCAGUUGCAUGAUAUUGUGCUUGUAUCAAACCUACAUCAACGGAUUCCAAAUUUAAAGAUGUUGAUAACUGACCCAACAAAUAAGUUAUCAUUCGCACGGUGCAUUAGAGAUGGUGAUUUGGUUAUUGUCUAUGAGAAGCAUGAUACAAUGAAGGCCAUUAAAGUAUGUGAGACUUCAACACUUCAGAACCGUUUUGGUAUGUUUAAACAUUCAGAUUGGAUUGGAAAGCGUUUUGGGUCCAAAGUGUUUAGCAACAAGGGUGGAUUUGUAUAUUUAUUAGCUCCAACUCCUGAAUUAUGGACCCUAGUUUUAAGUCACAGGACUCAGAUUCUCUAUAUUGCUGAUAUUUCCUUUAUAAUUACAUACUUUGAGUUAGUUCCUGGAUGUUUGGUACUUGAGUCUGGCACUGGUAGUGGAUCUUUAACAACCUCACUUGCAAGAGCUGUUGCUCCUACCGGACAUGUUUAUACAUUUGAUUUCCAUGAACAAAGGGCUGCCUCAGCAAGGGAAGAUUUUGAAAGGACAGGAGUAAGCAACUUCGUCACAGUUGGAGUUAGAGACAUUCAGGGUGAGGGAUUUCCAGACGAAUAUUCUGGAUUGAUUGAUUCUGUAUUUUUGGAUCUUCCUCAACCAUGGCUUGCCAUUCCUUCAGCUGGGAAAAUGUUGAAACAAGAUGGGAUUUUGUGCUCCUUCUCACCGUGCAUUGAACAAGUACAACGCUCCUGCGAAACUCUGAGAUCAAACUUUACAGAUAUAAGGACAUUUGAGGUGCUCCUACGGACAUAUGAAGUUCGUGAAUGGAAAAUGGAUUGUGGCCAGGGUGAUGAAGGUCUUUCUCUGGGAUCUCCUCCUUAUAAAAGAAGGCAGCGUUCAAAUGAAGGAACUAAUGUGCAGGGCAGUACUAAUUCUUCUGUAAUCAUGGCUAGACCAUGUGGUGAGGCGAGAGGUCACACUGGCUAUUUGACUUUUGCAAGACUGAAGUGUCUAUCAUGAGGAAUGUGGUUGGAUCCGUCCACUUUUUAGGUUAGAAGAGUUCUGUCCUCACAUUUGGUUGUGUGGCCUGUGCCCUGUUCAUUGUGAAGUGAAUUCUUUUUUUUUUUUUAUAAAGUUGAAGUUGUGAAAAUUUGGAAAGAAAUUUUGGUCUUUGGUAUUGAUCUAGAUAUGUCUUUUCCUUUGAUGUUAAAUUGAAGAAGAAAACGCAUUAAAAUAAUGAUAUCUAAUGGCUGCUAUUCGCUCUCUUAAUGGCAGAGAAGCCAUGGGAUUUUAUGAA